AUGACUAUUUUGUGGCUGGUGCUGCUAGGAGGGCUGCUCACAUUCUUCCUGGGAGUCUUUGUAUGGGUUUUCAUCCGGAACCUUCUCACUAUUGAAAUUCCACCUACCCUGAAGCAUCCAGUCAAGUUAAGGAUUUUGCAUUCCAUUUUUGAGUACCUGAUAACUUUGGGGACCAUAUUAGAGAAACUGAGAAUUUGUUCUAUGCCUGCAGUUAUACAGUUUGUUCAAGAUCUAAGAAUAUUAAAGAAGGAUCCUAAUGUGUUGGUGACUGACACUCAUUUUGGGACAGUCCCUGUGAGGCUGUUCAAGCCCAAAGAAGUGUCUUCCAAACUCCGGCGAGGCAUCAUCUUCUAUCACGGAGGAGGUGCGAUAUGUGGAAGUCUAAAUAUUUACCAUGGAUUGGGCAUUGUUCUUGCCCGUGAGACAGACUCAGUGGUCCUGUUGGUGGGGUACCGCAAGCUUCCUGACUAUCAUCAUCCUAUUGUUCAACUGGAUUGCCUGAAUGCUUCCAUCCACUUCCUGAAGAACCUUCAAACCUAUGGGGUAGACCCCUCCCGGGUGGUGCUCUCUGGAGAAAGUAUUGGGAGUUGGGCUGUGACCAUUGUCACCCAGGCUUUGGUCAGUCAAGCCAUGCUUCCCCGGAUCAGGGCUCAAGUUCUGAUUACUCCAGGUCUACAGUGCAUUAAUUUCCAGUUACCAUCACAACAGCAGAAUCAAAAUGUUCCAUUGCUUACCAGAGACUUACUGAUUACAUUUAUUUGUAGAUACCUAAGCAUUGACCUCUCUUGGAAAAAUGCCAUGUUAACAGGAGCUUGUGUGCCCCUGGACACCUGGAAAAAGUGCAGCAAGUGGGUCAGCUCCGAAAACAUUCCCCAAAGAUUUAAGAGCAAAAACUUCCAUCUUGAGUUUCUGGGACCUUUCAAUGAGACUGCCUAUCUGGAAACCAAGCAUAUUUUGGAUGCAAAUAUUUCACCUCUCCUAGCAGAUGACAAGAUUAUUGCUCAACUUCCAGAGACAUUUCUGGUGAGCUGUGAGCAUGAUAUCCUCCGGGAUGAUGCCUUGCUGUACAAGAAGCGCUUGGAAGACCAGGGGGUCCCUGUGACCUGGUACCACGCAGAGGAUGGCUUUCAUGGAUGCAUCAGUUUGUUUGAUAAGGAGCCUUUCUCUUUCCCCUGCUCCAUAAAUAUUUUAAAUGCUGUCAUCAGUUACAUUAAGGGUGUGUGA